AGUGUCCUGUGUCGGUCGAAAAUCUAAUGUUACAUAAGAUUUUGCCGUACAGCGCGUGCAUCGUGUAUUUACAGUCAAUGUAAAGCAUAUUUAGAAAAUACUCUGAUUAUUCUGUAUGUCGACGAUUGAUCCCUGCAAACAAAUUGCAUGUAAAUUGCAAACGUGCUUGAAAGAUAAUGUUUUUCAGCCUUCCCGUUGUCAGGACGUACUUGAACAAAUAAGAAAAUGUUGCAUGAAAUAUACUGACUCUACAGUUUGUGAUGGUAUAAAUAUCUCGAAACCGUACGAACAUAAUACUGUAGAUUAUCGGAAAGUUAUAAGAUAAGCAAUGCAAAGCGAAGGAAGAAGAAGGCCAACAGUUCCAAAAAGAGGAUUUGCACAACGUCAU